CGAAGCCCGCCCAGGCAGAUUGCUUUUCUCAGGCGACGCUGAGGGUAGCUGUGCUCGGUCGUUGUGGUUGUUUCUGGUCUCCCCCGACCCAGCGCCCCGCGACCGAGAGCAUCUCCGCAGAAAACGAGGUCUGAGGAUCAGCCGAGCCCUCGUCCCCAACACUUGGCCUGAAAGCCGGCGCGGUUUUCUAGGAUGUCUGUUGAACUGGAAGAAGCUGACUUGCCGCUGACCGAGGCAGAAGAGGCGCCUCUGGCUCCAGAAAAGAAAGGGGCGGCCAAGAAAGCCAAAGGUGGUGUGUCAGUGCUUUCCCCAUCCAAGAAGAAGAAAAACAACAAGAAAAAGAACCAGCCCGGCAAGUACAGCCAGCUAGUGGUGGAAUCCAUCCGCAAACUGGGCGAGCGUAAUGGCUCCUCGCUGGCCAAAAUCUACAACGAAGCCAAGAAAGUGGCUUGGUUCGACCAGCAAAACGGGCGGACCUAUCUCAAAUACUCCAUCAAGGCUCUGGUGCAAAACGACACUUUGCUCCAAGUGAAAGGCACCGGCGCCAACGGCUCCUUCAAGCUCAACAGGAAAAAGCUGGAGGGGGGAAGCGAAGGAGGCGCCGGAGGCGGUGGCGGCUCCCACGCCAAAUCCCACAAGAAGGCGGUCGUGGCAUCCACUUCGCGGAAGGUCGAGAAGAAGCCCGUCGCCAAGAGCAAAAAGCUGGAGAAGAAAUCUCACAAGAAAGGCGCGGGCGGCGGGACCGCCAAGAAAGACAAGGUGAAAGCGAAGAAAGCCCCCAAGAAAAGCGUCGCUUCCCCCAGCGCCAAAAAGGUGAAAAAAUCGGCGAAGCCCAAGGCUCUCAAGAGCAGGAAAUAAGACUGCCCUCAAACUUGGAGGGAAGAAGCCGCUUCUUGUUGUCUUUCGACCCCAGACUUUUGAGCCCCAAAACGACACUGACUUUAGCUCAAAGCACAGAGCCAUGUUUCCAGCUUUGAUUUUUUUGUCUUUUUGGCCCAGUUUCUGCAUCAUUUCUUCCCUCGGAAGGCGGGUGCGGGUGCGUGUAAAAGAGCACUUCGCUUUCUCCACCGAUCCCCGUCGAGAUCAUUGGGACAUUUUGGAUCGUGGAAAGAUUAUGCCUUCACCUCCCACCCUUUUCUUUUUAUUGGAGUAUUGUUGCCGCUGAAGCUUGAUUUUCUGCUUUCGUGUUCUGCAAAAGUAGCGUGAUAUCGUUAUAAAUACUCCCCCACCCACAUCUGGGCGAGGUUCGGCCCCUCGUCAUCAGCCUCCGGUUACUGCAGGGGGAAGGGAUCGUUCUUGAUGGGUUCCUAAACUUUGAACUACCAGCAGCCUCGGUCGCUCCCUCUUUAAAAGCGGGGAUGUCAUGGCAACAGCCUGUUGGAUGCACAGGCGUCCGCACAGUUCCUGGCCAGGAGUGCUGGCGGCGCUGUAUGCGGGGUGGAGUAGGGUGGGGGCGGUCGCAUGGGACCAAGUGACCAGCAGAGUAGCUGAUUUUACCUCGGAGACUUGCGCAAUCACUGCAGAUUUGAAAUACGUAUCUAGCCGAAUCGGGGGGAGGGGGGAAAUGCAGUUCACUUUUGCCUGCAAGAUUUUGUAUCGUCCUUUUCAGGUCUCGUCUUCAAAUGCCUUUUUAAAAAAUUUCCUCGUGUUUUUGUUCAAUAAACCGUUUAAAACAUUUUUCUCA